AUGAUGUCAAAGAAGAUGGAUGGACUACAGCUUGCAGUAGUGAGCACAACUAACCAACCACCAGUUGUGUGGAGACAAAAUGAAGAGAGCUAUGAAGAGCAGCAACCUGAACAAGUUCAACAUAUGCACCACCAAAGUUCUGGACCAAAUGAUUUCCAUGGGGAUACUUACAACUCCUCUUGGAGAAACCACCCCAAUCUGAGGUGGGGAGAGAACCAGAACUCAUGGCAAAGAAAUUCUAACCCAAGCAAUUCACGCAAUAUAAACCACCAAAACCAUCAACAUCAAGAAUUUGCCAAUAAGAAUCAAGAGACCUCACUAAGGAAUCUGGAGAGACAAAUUGGGCAAUUGUCCAAGCAGCCAGCUGAAAGACUAACCAAUGCAUUCCUAAGUGACAGCAUUUCCAACCCCAAGGAAGAAUGCAAAGCAAUUCAACUAAGGAGUGAAAGGGCACUAGAAAAUGACAAGGUUGACAGCAAGAAAGAAGUGGCAGCAGAAGAGAAGGACCAGGAGAAACUCAAAAAGAAGGAGGAAGAGCCACAAGCUUCAAGGAAGGGAAAGAAAGUCAUGAAAGAGCAACCACAAGAGCAGAGAAAGGAGGUGAAGCAUUAUACCCCUCCUCUGCCAUACCCUCAAAGGCUGCAGAGAGAGCUCAAAGACCAACAAUUUCCCAAGUUCCUAGAGAUUUUUAAGAAGCUAGAAAUCAACCUCCCCCUUGUUGAAGCAUUGGAACAAAUGCCAUUAUAUGCAAAAUUCCUCAAAGAAGUCAUCAACAAAAAGAGAAGCUCGAAAGAAAAAGAAACAGUAAUCCUAACUCAAGAGUGUAGUGCUGUAAUUCAGAAAGGCCUACCACCAAAACUCAAGGAUCUCAGGAGUUUCUUUUUACCAUGCACCAUUGGUAACAUAUCCAUUGAUAAGGCCUUGUGUGAUUUAGGUUCAAGUAUCAACUUGAUGCCUCUAUCUAUGAUGAGAAGGUUGUCUAUAGAAGAAGUGAAGCCUACAAGGAUGUCAUUGCAACUUGCUGAUAAGUCAAUAAUAAUUCCCAACGGAGUGGUAGAAAAUCUCCUAGUCAAGGUAGGGAAGUUCAUAUUUCCAGCAAAUUUUAUGAUUCUAGAUCUAGAUGAUGAAGGAAGUGACUCUAUCAUAUUGGGAAGACCUUUCCUAGCCAUAGCAAGAGCUAUCAUUGAUAUGGAGAAAGGAGAAAAGACCUUGAGGGCACACGAUGAGCAAAUAAUUCUAAAUGCCUUUAAGGAGAUGCAGCAUCCUGUUGAAAAGAAAGGUUGA